UUGAAACCGGUUCUUCUAUGCGCAUUAGUUCACCAUGGAACCAAUUCUGGGACUAUUUGCUAGUCGCAGUUAAUACCAUGACUUUCCGUCUGUUUGUGCUGUAGCACGUUACGAAUGCAAAAUCGAAGGCGUUUGUUCAUAGCUAAUGUGGACAGGUAUGAUGAAUACUAUAUUGGAAAGUUACUUUCCGAAACUCUGACUGGUAGUUCCGUCAAGCAAGAGGAAAAUGAAGCUCUUGAAGAAAGCGAGUCGUUGGCUGAAGGUGCAAAGCAGGGUGAAACAUACGAGAUUUUUGGAACCCUGAGCAAAUCAGAAGCAGUGCCACCAUCUUUUGUCAACGAAGUAUUUCCCAGUGGCCGACGUAAAGAGUUGUACGAAGCUGUUGUGAACUGUGACUUCAUUUUGUACAACAUCAAAGAUGAUCCCGAGAUGGUUGAUGAGGCCCUUUGGAUGGUGGAAAAAAUACAUGAAAAUAUUGCACAACUGCAAACGCAGAAGCUCUUCAUUUUACUUUCAAGCGUCUUGACGUGGGCAAAAAGCGCAUUUCCUGAUGAGAAUGACCCAGAAUUACCGUUUGCCGACGAAGACUACCGAAAGCGAAAGCCUCACCACAACUUUAGAGACCACAUUCAAGUUGAAAAGUCUACGAUUCACUAUGGAAAAACGGAUAAGUUAAAACUGCUCACCUACGUCGUAGCGAGUGGGGCAACCUAUGGAGAAAAACAAAAUGUUUUCCACUACUUUUUUAAAAACGCGUGGAAUAACGACCAGUUCCUCCAUGUACUUGAGGAUGGCCAAAACAUUCUGCCAACGAUCCACGUCAACGACCUCGCUAAAAUCAUUCAAACGGUGAUUGAACUGCGGCCGACUAAACAUUACAUCAUUGCAAAGGAUGAUUCGCAAAAUACGCUGUACGAAAUCGUAAAAGGCGGCUACACGCCUCCUGCGGGCUACUCUGGUGAAUCAAAUCACUUGCGACAUACCUAUUAA